AUGUCCCAAUCGUCGCGGAAAAAGCUUCUUCUAAUGGGCCGGUCGGGAUCCGGCAAGUCGUCAAUGCGUUCGAUUAUUUUCUCCAACUACUCGGCGUUCGACACCCGCCGUUUGGGUGCCACUAUUGAUGUCGAGCACUCCCACUUGCGGUUUUUGGGCAAUAUGACUUUAAACUUGUGGGACUGUGGCGGCCAGGACGUGUUCAUGGAAAAUUACUUCACGGCGCAGAAAGACCACAUUUUCAAGAUGGUGCAGGUGCUCAUCCACGUGUUUGAUGUGGAGUCGAAACUGAUCAACAAGGACAUUGAGAUCUUUGUCAAGGCGCUUACCAACCUUCAGAAAUUCUCGCCCGAUGCCAAGAUCUUUGUGUUGCUACAUAAAAUGGACUUGGUACAGUUGGAUAAGCGUGACGAGCUUUUCCACAUCAUGAUGGACAAGUUGCAGAAAAUCUCCAACCCGUUCCACUUCAAACUAGUGGGCUUCCCCACCUCCAUCUGGGACGAAUCUCUAUAUAAGGCGUGGUCACAGAUAGUGUGCUCGCUCAUUCCGAACAUGAACUUGUUCAACAGCAAUCUCCUCAAAUUCAACGAGGUUCUCGACGCGGAGGAAAUCAUUCUCUUUGAAAAAACGACGUUCCUUGUCAUUUCGUCCACUGCGUCCAUCCAGCGCCAGAGCCAGGCUCAGGGGUCGCAUCUCUCCAACGGCUCGCUCGAUGCAUUGGACCCGAAGCGGUUUGAAAAAAUCUCCAACAUCAUCAAGACUUACAAGCAGUCGCUCGGCAAGCUCCGGUCCAACUUCCAGAACCUUGUCAUUCGCGGCUCCAACGGGCUGCACUUCUAUGUGGACUUUCUCACCGACAACUUGUUCAUUAUGAUUGUGCUUCGUGACCGGGGCACGGACAAAUCGCACAGACACGCGCUGGAAGAUUUGUUGAUUUUGGAGAACGUCAAGGCUGCCCGCAAAUGGUUUGAGAAGAUCGAAGCAGGAAAGUGA